CGGCCCCGCACGGCCCCGCACGGCCCCGCACGGCCCGGCGCGGGCGGCAGAACCUCCCUCCAGCACGGCCUUUCAGGAUGAUGCACCCAAGAGCGCCAGCAGGGACCCUCCAGCCACGUGGCUGCUGAGCCAGGGGUGCUGCUGGGCACCGCUGCCAAUGCAGAGCUCCCGGGAGUGCAGGGCAGAGCCGCCGCUCCGCUCGCCCAUGGCAGCCCCUUCCCGCCGCGCCCCGGCCCGGCUGCAUGGUGUGGGUGCCCCUGAGCCCCACGAGCAGUGACCGCCGGGCCCCGCUGCGCGCUCCCAGCACCACCACCAUGUCUUUGGAGUGGCUGAUGGACUGGAGCUGGUCCCUGGACGGACUCCGAGAUUUCAUCGCCACCGGCAUCCAGUCUUUCCGCGACUGCGACGCCACGGCCCUGGUGGCCGUCGCCUGCCUGCUGGUCCUCUUUGUGUGGUACUGCUACCACGUGGGGCGGGAGCAGCCCCGCGCCUACGCCACGGUGAACGCGCUGAUGCAGAGCGCCGAGGCCAACGGGGUGCAGAACGGGUUUGUGUACUGCCAGUCGCCCGAGUGCGUGCGCUGCUCGCACCACGACGGCCUCAACCAGAAACUCUACCACAACCUGCAGGAGUACGCCAAGCGCUACUCCUGGUCCGGCAUGGGCAGGAUCCACAAGGGUAUCCGUGAGCAGGGCCGCUAUCUCAACAGCCGGCCCUCCAUCCAGAAGCCAGAAGUCUUCUUCCUGCCCGACUUGCCCACCACGCCCUACUUCUCCCGGGACGCUCAAAAGCACGACGUGGAGUUGCUGGAGCGCAACUUCCAGACCAUCCUGUGCGAGUUUGAGACCCUGUACAAGGCGUUCUCAAACUGCAGCCUCCCGCAAGGAUGGAAAAUGAACAGCACGCCCAGCGGGGAGUGGUUCACCUUCUACCUGGUGAACCAGGGCAUGUGCGUGCCCAGGAACUGCCGGAGAUGCCCACGGACGUACCGCUUGCUCGGGAGCCUCCGCACCUGCAUUGGCAACAAUGUCUUUGGGAACGCCUGCAUCUCUGUGCUGAGCCCAGGCACCGUCAUCGCCGAGCACUACGGGCCCACCAACAUCCGCAUCCGCUGCCACCUCGGUCUGAAGACACCCAGCAACUGCGAACUGGUGGUGGGGGGCGAGCCCCAGUGCUGGGCUGAGGGCCGGUGCCUGCUCUUCGACGACUCCUUCUUGCACACGGCGUUCCACGAAGGUGCCCCGGAGGAAGGUCCCCGCGUGGUGUUCAUGGUGGACCUGUGGCACCCCAACGUGGCCGCGGCCGAGCGCCAAGCCCUCGACUUCAUCUUCGCGCCGGGACGAUGACGGUGCUGCCCGGCCUGGUGGGUUCAGGGCAGCUCGGCCGGGGCCUCUCCCGGCACACACGGCCUCGGUGCUCCCUCCCGGGGGUCUUGUAAAUGGAAACUGUGACGUGUAUCCGCGCCCAUCUCCUUCCUCCAUCGUUGGCUUCAGGGAUUCUUUUCCAAGAGCCGGCGCCUCGGCCCCGCCGGGGCUCGCUGCCCCCCUGCUCCUUCGUGUUCUGUUGCUACUGUGUUUUGCGGUGUUCAGAAGUAGAGUAACAAACCCAAGGGUGCUCGUUUGAAUGUAAUGUAAAUUUUUUCUCGUGGUCAUCAAAGGAACAAAACACACACACACACCAUAACAGCCAACCGGCCUGCCCUGCCCGGCUGCGGUCCUGGAUGGAUGGACAGAUGGACACUGGGGGCUGCCAUGGGCACUGUGCUCCCCCCAGGCUGGGUCUGAUGGGGCUCCUGCUUCCUCCUCCAUGUGCCAGCUGGGGCUCCCCAGCCUUCCUGCCCUCAGAAACCACUUUUGUCACCCAGGCAGGGAGCAGAGCCCAUUGCCAGCCCAGCAAGGCAGGAGCCCUGACCUCCACCCUGCUGAGGGAGCAGCACACACAGUCGUGCUCUUCAGUCUGACCAAGGAUGUUAGCAAUUGCCCAAAUCCCUUCCUUGCUCUAUCUGCAACUCAGUUUUCCCAGUUCUAGCUGGGAGGCCCUUCAGGGCAGGGAUGCUGUUUGGGAACAGAGAAUGGGGGUUUUGUCUGUCUGUAGGAAGAAAGGAGGUCACCAUUCCUUCUGCUGCUCCAUCUUCUCCUUUCCUCAAGCCAGGGCAGGCACACACAGCAGCAGCUCCCAUGGACCUGACACCACCACAGGAGAGGCUCCCAAGGGGGUUUAAUUCUGCAGCCUGAGCAAUGAGCCCCCACGCUGGGGUCCUGCCCACCCAGGGACCACCACGCUUUUCCUGAAGUCCCCCAGCACCAGGGCUGUUUGGGGUCUGGGAGCUGAUUAUAACACCCCCAAAAGCACAGUCUGUGGUGGAUGCUCACAGCUCUAGCUGGGGAUCCUUUGUCUCCCUGCCCUGCCCGGGAGGGACCAGCCCUGUCCCCCAACAACUUCUUUACAGACUUUUCAGUGAUUCGAUUGCAAGAUAAGGCAGAGAUGUCAAAUACAUCUGAGAUAUUUUUUACACCCGUCUUGUUACAGACUACCUGAAGUGCAUGAUUUCUACACGCAUUGGCUACCUGGACACAGGCCCUGGGGAAGCAGGCUGGCUCUGUCCGAAGGUUGGUAACAUUCAUACAGUGGAUAAGCAAAGAUUAUCAAUAAACAGUUGUGCUGAAAACAGAA